AUGCUUGUCCAAGCCCGGCUACCUUUGGCCCUGUCUCCAAUUUUUUUACAUGUUUUACAUAUUUUCUCCUUCAUGGUGGGAAGGAGCAAAUUUGACAUCAGCCAGCCAUCCAUCAUAUCUGUUCACAUGACAGGUGAUUCUGACAGGUGCCAAAGCGUUUGGUCCGAACAUCCCUUUUGCGACUCCGUUGUCAUGGCCAAGCGCCCACGACCACCUGUGCGGGAUGGCCUUCGUGAUGCAGUGCCGGAGCUGCUCGCGGCGGGCCACGUCCGGGCCGCCGGCGAGCUCUGCAGGGAGGCCUUGGCGGAGGGAACAGAGGACGUCAACUCCAGUGGGGAAGUUUGGUACCUGCUGGGCGUGGUGCAUGACAUUGCACACGAGCAUGAAGAGAUGGUUCUUUGCAUGCGCAAGGCUUUGAGCUGUCGGGAACGACCUGAGAUUUGGCCCUAUUUAGCAGACUAUGCCACUAGAAGUGGGGAUUUUGACGCUGCUUUCCUCGCUUUUGAACGCUUGCAGCAGCUGGUUCCGAGCGGUGUGCUUGGCCUCCAGGCAGCGUCCGAUGCUCGGCUGUUGGCCCGAACGCUGCGUUGCCGCAUGCUGAAGCGAAGCUGCUGGGCAGAGGUGGCCCACGAGCUGACUGCAAGUGGUUUGCAUGGGGCAGGCACAGAUGAUUCGCUGAAGGAGGCAUCUGCAAAAGCUUGGCGAAGCUCAUCGGCGCUUCCAGGUGUCCAAGAUUUUCAGUGGCAAUGGCGUGGGGCAUGUCAGGGCAAAGAAGAGUGUGGUCAAGAAGGGCCGGACAAAUCGAAAGCUGAGAAUCGGCCAAGCAAAGAGAUGAUGGGGAUGGCUGAUUUCGCAGAGAAACAUCGACAUCAUGGUGAAGAUCAUGGUUUUGAUCGAUCCAUUUCAUCGGUGUUUGUUUGGGACAACGUCUUCGGUCCAGCGCUUUUGCGGGCGCUCCAGCAGUGUGCCGAUGACUUCGCUAUUUGGAGAGCCAAAAGCCCGCAACGCCUGUUGGGGUUUUGGCUUCCCAGCGACUCAACUCCAAGGACAGCCCCAGAGGUGGCAGCAAGGAAGCUACAGACAUUGCUAGGAGCGCAGGAUUGGGACAUUGAAUGGUGGUGUCGAACUCAAGCACCAAGCCUUGGUGCCCACUUUCACUAUGACACUCAUCCAUUCCUGAAUGAAGCGUAUAGCGACCUCCGCCCAGAGUUCACUUCUGUACUGUUUCUGAGUGAUGUGGGGGGUCCCACAGUGGUCCUCAAUCAGCAAGCGCAAUCCGGCAGACACAAUCCUGUCCUGCCCCAGCAUGGCUGCGCUGCGUCAAGCAAGGUGAAUCGAUGCUUCGCAUUUCCAGGACAGUUGCGGCAUGGUGCGGUCGCUUUGCCAAACUGUAGUGAGGAAGUGCGUAGUGGCCAGAAGCGCUCAGUCGUUCUUUACAACUUUUGGCCGAAGGGUACUCCGCGGACUUCAGAAUGUGUACAACCCGACUUUUCGAAUUAUACACCCAUUUGCAGUUGGGCUCCAACUGCUCGACAUUUGCUUUGUGAGACUUGUCUCCAACGGCUUCAAGAGGAACCAUGCACGGCCCAAAGGGUGGAGCUCAUGGAUUUGACCCAGCCUGAGGACAUGGAUCAUUCGGUGCCCAUGGAGGAACCACCUGACUGGCUUCCCGUUUGCGGUCCGAAUCUCUUGAAGACGCACGGUGCCGUUCACUUCCAGUGGCGAUUGGCGGCGAAUUUGCCUUGGGACUGGAGUGCGCUGCAAUUGCAGAUGCUCUUCACUCCUUUUGGCGGAGUCCAGGCCAUGCAGCCGUUUGCCAGCAAUGAUCAGGGCGAGCGUAUCGUGAGGGUACGGCUUGAAGAUUUGGCGCAACACUCUCAAGCGGCAGCGCAUUUCCAACAAAAUCCAAGCGACGGGGUCACAUUGGAGUGCGAGCAUUUUCUUGGACCCAAGGAGCAGGAGAUUCUGGCGCAAGCAGCCGAGGCUGAACGUAAGAGGAAGGCGGAAGCAGAGGAGGCAGAGAGGCAGCGACAAGCUGUGAUUGCGGAGGCUGAGCAGCAGCGGCAGGCUGCCAUGUUUGCGGCCCGGCGAAACAUGUGGGAAGCUGCAAACGCAGAUUUCGCAGCGGCGGUGCUGAUACAGGUGCUGAGCUCUGCUUUUCUUGCCAGUACAUGA